GAUAGUUUUGUGGAAAUUAUUUCCUUGUUUGACUAUUUCCAUUACAUCAACAGCUUCGCCUUUCUUGGUUAUCGGGCAGGGAACUCUGGUUCUUUAAUGUCGUUUUCUUCUGGGUAAAACAUUAAUCUCUUCCUUCCAAUAUCGGAUUCGGACAGAGGGGGAAGAGAAAAGUUUUGAUUUUCGCGGGGAUCUUUGGGAAGAGGAGAUUUGGGUUUUUGACUUUCGCCGGGAUUAAUUUCCUGCGGAGAAAAUGAGGAACAGUCUUCUCUGGAAAACCAUGUUCUGGGUCGUCUUGUUUUCGCUUUCAUUUUCCCGGAAAGUGCUUUCCGGGAAUGUUUUCCAUGACAGAACUGUUCUGCUGGAGCUGAAGAGAAGUUUCACCGAUCCAAAUGGGAUACUCUCGAGCUGGGAUUCCGACAGCUCAAACCACUGUUCUUGGUACGGUGUCUCCUGCGACUCCAAGUCAAGGGUCGUCUCUCUGAUUCUCAGAGGCUGCCGCCGUGGGGAUCAAGGUGGUUUUGACUUUGCAGAUUUACCUUCCUGUUCCCUUAGAUUAGGAGGUGAAAUCUCGUCGGCUGUCGGUAAACUUGCUGAAAUUAGGGUUUUGUCUCUUGCCUUCAACUAUUUGAGCGGUGAAUUACCUGAGGAGAUUUGGGGAUUGGAGAAACUGGAGGUGCUUGACCUUCAAGGUAAUAGCUUUCUCAGGAAAUUUCCAGGGAGAUUUUCUGGGUUGAAGAGAAUCGGGGUUUUGAAUCUAGGGCUUUAUCAGAUUCCAUCUGAGAAUAUGCUUGUGCCGCUGAUUCUGGCUAAGGACGAGAUUCUUGAAUCGUCUAGGAACAGAAUCAAGCUUCGAAAGCUUAUGGAAUCCGAUGAUGGAGAUGAGAACCCUAAAAACAAAAUGGGUCCGAAUCCGGACACCGAAACGGGCCAAUCUCCGCCUGGUAAAGACGGUUUGUACCCGAUAGAGAUCGCUUCGAUCGUGUCAGCUUCAGUCAUUGUCUUUGUCCUUCUCGUACUCGUCGUCUUGUUCAUCUACACGAGGAAAUGGAAGCGGAAUUCUCAGGUUCAGGUAGCCGAAACGAGGGAGAUCAGAGUGUUUGUGGACAUCGGAGUUCCUCUAACGUAUGAGAAAAUCGUUAGGGCAGCAGGUUACUUCAGUAACUCGAACUGCAUCGGCCAUGGUGGCUUUGGUUCCACAUACAAAGCCGAGGUGUCUCCAAACGUUGUAAUUGCCGUCAAGAGGCUCUCUGUCGGGAGAUUUCAAGGGGUUCAACAGUUUCACGCUGAGAUAAUGACGCUGGAAAUGGUUAGACACCCGAAUCUCGUUACCCUAAUCGGGUACCACGCAAGUGAGACCGAGAUGUUCCUCAUUUACAAUUACUUACCCGGUGGAAACCUCGAGGAUGUCAUCAAGGAAAGAUCAGAAUCCAAUCUCGACUGGAAGAUCCUUCACAAGAUCGCGUUGGAUAUAGCCCGAGCCCUUGCCUACCUCCAUGACCAAUGUUCUCCCAAGGUUUUGCACCGAGACAUCAAACCGAGCAACAUACUUUUGGACAACAACUACAAUGCGUAUCUGUCUGAUUUCGGGCUGUCCAGAUUGGUGGGAACUUCGCAGUCCCAUGUCACAACAGGCGUGGCUGGAACAUUCGGGUACGUGGCUCCAGAAUACGCAAUGACAUGCCGUGUUUCUGAGAAGGCGGAUGUUUACAGUUACGGGAUAGUGCUGCUCGAGCUGAUAUCGGAGAAACGGGCGUUGGAUCCGACGUUUUCUUCGCAGGAGAACAUCGUGUCGUGGGCACAUACGAUGUUAAAACAAGGCAGGGCUAAGGAUGUUUUCGCGAAAGGGCUGUGGGAUUCGGGUCCACAGGACGAUCUAGUCGAGGUUCUGCAUUUGGCCCUCAAGUGCACUGUCGAUAGCCUCUCUACUCGACCGACCAUGAAACAGGUGGUUCAGCAUCUCAAACAUAGCCAGCCCUCUAAAUGAACCCAAAUGUCUGACCCCCAUGGCUCUCCUCUGAAACAGGCGGUUCAACAUCUGACACAGAACCUGCCCCUCUGAAUGAACCCAAAGGUCUUGCCAUAGCUGUAGCCCGUUUAGAGUUCAGAUCAGAAGUCUCUCUUCUACAGCGGGUGUUUGCUUUUUUUUUCUUUUUUUUUUUUUUGCUUGUCUUGUUAGUGUUAUUGUUCUUGGCAAUGUGCUUGAUUUAGAAGGGGAAAAAAAAAACUUUUUCCAAUUUGGAAGAUAUAACCCUUACAUUAGAACCAGAAACUUAAUCUGCUCAAGUACACUGCGUAGGUUGUUACAUUCUGAUG